UGCGCGACGUUCCGCGGCAGCCCCAGUUCAAGUUUGGCAGUAGAGGUGAAUUGGCUCUUCUGCCAAUCUAAUGGAACAUCGUUCCUUCACGCAAGUGCCAGCGAUCGUGUUAAACAAAUCAAACAUUCGUCACAAACGCGACAAUUGUCGUAAACAACAAAUCCUGUUGCUGCUAUUAUGUUGCUUAAACGGAUCAUUGAAGGAAAGUCGAUGUUGAACCAGAAACCCGAUGCCAGGAGCAAGAACGGGGAGAAAUGUUCUAGAAGGAAGUCGGAAUGCGACGGGUGUGGAGAGCACUCCACAAUUCUCGAAGAAAUGAUGAAGAUGGUGUUACUUGGCGUCGUGCUGUGGGCGGGGGUGACGUUUGGUAGUCACGUCGCUCCGUACCCCUUGAAUUUGAUCAUCAAUACUGAUGUUAUUCACCCACCACCAAUGUAUGACUACCCUUUUCCAAGUGCUGAUAUGUUGAAGAGGCUCCCAGCUGUGACAGCAGCCAACACAAACAAGUCGAUAAGCAUUAGCAAACUGACUGUGAACAUGCUGGAGAGACUAGAAGACAAUCUGAACGCUGCUGGCAUCACGCCCAGCACAGGUUCAGCUGCAAAAGGUCUCGCGAUUCAAGGAUAUCCAUCAGACGAUGCGAUGCAUUACGAGAAGUCGUCUAUGAUCAUCACGAAGGCAUCUCAGAAUCUAGUUUGGACACGGUGCACGAGAUAUGGUUUGGCUGUGGAUGAAUGCGCGAGUUUCAUCAGCACGUUGAACCUCCGCGACAGUGAGUUCGGGCAGGAGUGCGCUGCGCUGGAGCGGUUCACUUGUCGCAUCAAGAUGUCUUCCAAGUACCGCACCUUUGAUGGCAGUUGUAACAACCCCGUUCGCUCUUCCUGGGGACAGGCGCUCACCGGAUAUAAACGCAUCCUACACCCGAGAUAUGCUGACGGCAUCGAGGAGCCUCGCCGGGCCGUCAGCCAUAAUGCCUUGCCAUCAGCCCGUGUCAUCAGUGUGAGAAUGGCUGGAAACUUGGACCGCCCUGACGAGAAGAAAACCAUUGCAUUAGCUGUUUGGAGUCAGUUCGUGCAUCACGACUUGGUUCAUACCCCAGUGAGGAAGACAAUCCACACAAACCAGGCUAUUCGCUGCUGUGACAUUUCGGGCAACGACCUGAUUCCUCGGUACCAGCACCCGAGUUGUAUGCCAAUCUCGGUUCCUCAUGACGAUCCCAUCUUCAAGAACAACUUCGCGUCUUGUAUGGAGUACACUCGCUCUGUCACCACUUACCGUGGGGACUGCACCUUUGGAGCUGCUGAACAGAUGAACCAAGCCACUCAUUUCCUGGACGGGUCUCAUAUCUACGGCGCAAACUCGCGUGACGCGGCGGCCCUCCGCGAGAAGUCUGGAGGUCUUCUGAAGACCAGCUCCGUGGAAGACCAGGAACUAUUGCCGAUGGCCAACAACCCUAAGGACAACUGCCUCGUUGAUAGUGACAACGCUGCUUGCUUUAAGACUGGAGACGUGCGUUCCAACGCCAACCCGUGGCUUACAGGUAUCCAUACAACCUGGGUACGCGAACACAACCGUAUCGCGCGCGCCCUGGCUGCGCUCAACCCUGGCUGGAGUUCAGACAAGCUGUACCAUGAAGCAAGGAAGAUCGUCGUCGCUGAGCUGCAGCAUAUCACCUACAUGCAGUGGCUGCCUGCUCUUACUGGAAAGAAAUUCGACGAAUUGUACGAGAGUUACGAUUCGGGAUAUAAUUCCGAUGUCGACCCUACUGUUACCAAUGCUUUCGCCACAGCUGCGUUCCACUUCGUCAACAGCCUGUUAGACCAGGACAUUGAUCUGGUGGACUCUGAAGUGACGUCACAGCGUUUGAAGCACAACUACUAUAAACCUGAGAUCGUGGCGCAGAAGGACGGUCUUAAGAAACUAAUGAAGGGAAUGGUCAGCGAGAAGAGCCAGAGUCUCGACUUCAACUACGAUGAUGAUUUACACCACCACUGGCUGGGCGGCCUUGAUGUCUUGGCCAUCGACAUCCAACGUGGUAGAGACCAUGGUCUGCCGGGCUACACGCAGUACCGCUCUCUCUGCGGCAUGUCUCCCCCCUCCUCCUUCCAGCACCUCUCUGACGUCAUGCCUCAGGAGGCGGUGGACAAGCUAUCGCAGCUGUACGAGCAUCCCAACGACAUCGACCUGGUGGUGGGCGGUAUGGCUGAGACCCCGCUGCCCGGGUCUCUUCUCGGACCCACCUUCACUUGUUUCCUCAAGGAACAACUGUGGCGCACGCGCAUCGGUGACCGUUACUUCUACACGCAUGCGGACGAGGCCGGCAGCUUCACGAAGCGUCAAUUAGCUGAGAUCAAGCGCACAUCCCUGGCUCGCCUGCUGUGUGACAAUGCGGGCAUCACCAGCAUUCAGAAGGACGUCUUCCAACCGCCUUCUGAGAGCAAUCCAACAGUGUCGUGCAGUGAGAUUAAGAAGGUGAACUUAGAAGCGUGGCAGGACCCAGCGCAGAGGCCUGACAUCCUCACUCGAACCAACAAGUGGAUCAAAAACAAAGUCGCCAGCACCGGCAACGCUACCAAAUAGACUCACUAGUGAUAGCCGUAGCUAAGUAAAAUGCCUCUAUGGUUUUCGAUUCUGUUUCCCGUCUGCGGUGCAAGCUGUGCCUAUAAGGUAUUCUGGAGAAAAAAGCACUGCUUUUUGAAGCAUAUAGCAUUGUGUUCCUUAAACGACAAGGGGCAAAUCGAACAAAGCCUAAAGUACUCCUGAAUUCCCUUAUCUGGCAAGAGCGUCAUAGCAAUAUCUUAGGUUGUGUUUUAGUAUUGUCAUAGAAUAAGGAACAAUACUUCGUAUAGAACGGCAACUUUCCUCCCCACCAGCGUCUGAGCUAGGUUUACCUCACCCCCCUCGAACAUAGUUUAGACUUGAUUCGUAUGGUGUCAGACUCACAGAUGCGCGUGUACUAUAAUGUCAAUAUGUAGUGUCUGUGUAAAAUGAAGUUGUUUGUAUGAAGUGUCCGGUGUGUGGUAUUGUUUUAAAACAGCCUGCAAAUAAUCUGCAGUAGAAAGCUCUAAUCUUGCACUGUAGACACCUUUAGUCUUUAAAGUCGAGUGUUUCAGUAUUGCGGUUCAUUGUAGAAACGUGUUUAUGUAGCUAUUUAUAGUUUAUAAAAGUAAUACCACGUUCCUCGAUACGGAUUUACGGAAUAUACUAAUUCUUACGACUCACGUCGUAUGAGUACCAUGUUGAACAGUGGCUGUGAUAAGUCAGUGUGGCUAUUAUUAAUUCCACUUGCAUAGUGAUUUUUACCCGAUGAACGGGGUUUUGAAAUCCUUAAGAUCCUAUUUGUUAAAAGAUCUUGGGGAUUUUGUUUAAAGUCCUCAUAUUAUCAUUGUCAUCGAAGCGCAGAUUCAAGUGAAUGUGUUUGACCAAUUAUAAUGUGUUCAUUAGAUUGUUCGUUGGGAAAUUGGGACAAAGUACGGCCUUACAAAUAAACCUGGUGUAACUUUUUAUACCGAUCAUAACCUAAGAAUAAGUAAAAUAAUAUCGCUAAACCAGCCCUCACCCUGGUUUAAGUCGGAAUAACCUAAACCUGACUGACAUUGACAGAUGUGAUUUUUGGGUUUGAUCACGGAUUUUUUAAAUUAUCUCUCCUUAUUAUCGGCUUAUACCAGGUUUAUCUAUUCCCAGUAUAAUCUUGAAAUAAGGAUGGAAUCAGUUUUUAUGAGUAAGGCCGUUAAGGUGUAGAUUUGUGAUCUCUACAACCAUUAUUCGUUUAUUAAAGACGCGAUGUGAUCGUUAGCUGUCGACUGACGCCUUCCAACAACGUUCUCACCCCAAACAAUGCAAAGAACACAAAGAUCUCCUGCCAUAUCGUUACUAUAUCUUAGUAAGGUUGUGCUUUCAAUAAUUAGUAUGUUCACUUGAAUCAUCGCCUAAUCAUAAGUUCGUGCAUGUUAUGUGAUACUUAAUUAUUUGAGCGUUACAACUCGGUUGUUUUGGAUGUAAAAUUACAAAAAGCCGCAAAGUAAGUACUGAUGGCAUAAAGUAUCUAGGCAGUUUCUAGGUAAGCACGUCCCAUUCUCGGCUACAUAGUCACUAUAUCAGGUGAGGUUGUGGUGAAAUGCUUGCCUAUCUUCCAUUAAAAAAAAAACAAACAUUUUGUCAAUUUGGAAA